UGCAUGCUCCCACCGUGUCCUUCGCAAGUGUGGUCUUAAAAAUGUGGCGUCUUGAUCCUCUUGGGUGGGCCUUGAGAUACUCCCACAUGGGGGCUGGAUCUCCCCGGCACCAAGCUGAGAUUCUUUCUCUCCUCCCGGGAAGCAGAUGGCGUUCAUAGAAGGAGAGAAUUAUCUAUUGUCCACAGGCCAAGAACACUGAGAUCUGUGUACCCCUUCCCAGAUACGGGCUACGGAUCUGGGUCAAGGGAGGGCUGGUGGCGAGCAAACGUGAGGCGGGAAAGUCUCUCCGUUGGGAGAGCGUGCCUCCUCAUUUCUCAUGUUUCAAUAAAAGAACAGAGAAGACACUGCCCCCUCAGCAUCCCAGAUGAGGCAGGAGACCUGUGAUUGGAUGUCACGAUGGGCCCACAGUCGCCACCCCUCCCCUCAACCAGGACAGCCAUAAAAGCAGGGGCCCCUGCCCACCGCGGGUCAGAGAGGCGCCCUGUGUCACCCACCCCCAGGAGUGAGCUGCGCCGACCAAUUCUGUGCCCGAGACCACCGGCAGAGGCUGGAGAAUCCGGUCUUCCAAGGAGACAGGAGGCUGAGAUUGGCUGUGAUUGUUGACACCUUGAAGGAGCCACAGAAUUUACCCACGGUUGUGCCAGUGCCAAGUGGACAAGCCACAGGAGAUCCUAGCCUCCUGCUUCUCAGUCUGCUCUAGGAGCAGAGCCUAAAGGUACUAAACCAGGAAGCUGCAGGGACAAGGAAAAGCAGAAGUGGGAGGCUUGAAGACUAGACCCUCCUCCUCCAAGGGGCCUGAAGACGCCUGGCAGUGCUGCAGGUGACGUCUGUGCCAGAGAGAUGAGCCGGCGGGGCCGGGUCCCGUGGCUGUCCUGGGCUCUGCUGCUUCUCUGGGUCCCAGGUUGUUGGUCUCUGCAUGGCCCCACCUCCGUGAUGAGCACCGUGGGGGGAUCCGUGAGCGUGCAGUGUCAGUACGAGGAGAAAUUCAGAGAGAAUGACAAGUACUGGUGCAGGAGCCCAUGUGUGUGGAGUUCGGUAAAAACCAAAGGGGCAGACAGAGAAGUGAGGAAGGGCCGUGUGUCCAUCAGGGACCAUCCUGCAAACCUCACCUUCACAGUGACCUUGGAGAACCUCACAGAGGAUGAUGCUGGGACAUACAAGUGUGGGAUUGAUACAUCAGUUCUCCAAGGGUAUUUUCGUGACCGCACCUUCCCAGUUUUGGUGUCGGUGGACCCAGCAACAACGCCUGCCCCACGUGUCAGCAUCGCUGUAACCCAAGUGUCAACAACCACAGCUAAAAUUACGACCACGCCGUCCCCGCCCUCCUCCGGGGCCCGGACCGCCGUGGGAGCCACCUGCAGUGCAAGCAGCCAGGAGGAGUUCCUGCCGAGCCAAGGCCCGGGGCUCCAAGUUCUCCUCUCCUUGUUGGCACUUCUGUUGCUUCUGCUGGGAGGCAGCUCGCUGCUGGCCUGGAGGAUGGUUCGCAGACGGCUCAAAUCUGGCGAGAAUCCAAAGCAACUGCGGUCCCCCAGUCAGCAAGGGGAACCCCACUAUGCGAAUCUGGAGCUGCAGACGUGGCCCCUUCGGGAAGAGCCCAUGCACCCGAGGCAGCCAGAGGUGGAAUACAGCACAGUGAAGGCUCCCAGGGAAGAACCUUACUACUCGACUGUGGUAUUUGACUUCCAGAGUGGGGGUUCUGAGGCCAACAGCAUUUGCUCCCAGAGGACCCGGGAUGAGGAGACACAGUACAGUGUGAUUAAGAAGACAUAAUCCUGUGUCACCAGCCCCAUCAUGUGGAGGUCUCUGUGGGCCACAGAAUACCAGGGCCCGGGCCCUCAGCCCUCACUGAUGUCUGCCUCAGGCUGCUCCCCUCGACGGUCACCAAUAAGGCAGCUGGGUGCCAUCAGCUUGGUUGGCUUUGUUUAGGAUGAGUGGGAGUGGGAUUCCAGUGGGGACCUGUAGGGAACCCUCCAUCCCACAGGCUCUUGUCACACCCUUCCUCUCUUCCCUGCUUCCUUCCAGCAGUGUGUGGAGGGCAGAAGCUCAGUCCCAUGUGGCUCCAGGAAAAGACUUGACCCUCAUAGGAGGGUACCUACAAAGUUUAUAAAUUACAGCUCCAUGGACAUGUCUGGAAUCACUGCGGCAUGGGGAGAACUGGAGGAGGGAUCAGAAUACAAAGACCCUGAAGAUGGAGUCUCCCUUGUGUCAUGGACAAGGACCCUGUGGCCCAGAGAGCAGAGACUUGCCCAUGGUUCCAGAACCAGUGGCACGUUGCUCUGGACUCUUAGAUAAACUUUAUUUUUAAUAUUAAGAGAUAUCAAAAAAAAAGAGAGAUAUCAAUACAGUUUAAAAUAACCUUCAGAGAGAAGAAAAAAAUUAUUUAAGCCAUGCCUGCUACGUGCCUACGAUCCUAUAUUAAAGAACACUCUUCCCUUUUGAA